AUCAAGAAUAAGGAUAUAAAAGUGUGGAGAUAAAAAUCGAAAAGAAGAAGGAAAUAUACGUCUGAAUUGUUUUAAAAAUCUGCAGCCUGCCUUUUUAUGUUUGUUACGACAGCGGCGGCAACAAAACUAAACCACAAAAGCAUUACAUAUUGAUUAACAUGUGCUGAUGCUGGGGACUAGAUUUUUGGAUUGGAGGAGUUGGUUAAGUAAAAUUAAAGCGCACUACACACCUCACACCUAAAAUGGAUACGUUUGAUGUGUCGGACAAAAGCAGUUGGUACUUUGGUUCGAUGUCUCGACAAGAUGCCACGGAAGUGUUGAUGAAUGAACGCGAACGUGGAGUUUUUUUGGUCCGCGAUAGUAACUCAAUAGCUGGGGAUUAUGUUCUUUGUGUGAGAGAAGACGUCAAAGUGAGCAACUACAUCAUCAACAAAAUCCAGCAACAGGACCAAAUUGUUUACCGCAUAGGAGAUCAGUCGUUUGAAAAUCUGCCAAAGCUAUUGACAUUUUACACCUUGCACUACUUGGACACAACACCGCUAAAACGGCCGGCACAAAAACGAGUUGAGAAAGUAAUAGGAAAAUUCGAUUUUGAAGGCAGUGGCGAUCAAGAUGAUUUACCAUUCAAAAAGGGUGAAGUUCUCACAAUAAUUUGUAAAGACGAAGAGCAGUGGUGGACCGCUCGCAAUUCCUUAGGCCGAAGUGGACAAAUACCGGUUCCUUAUGUGCAAAAGUAUGAUGAGUCCGUGGACGAAGACAGUUUUGAUAAUUUGCAUUCUGGAAACGCUUGCACUAAUAAUGCGCGCUCGCCGCGUCCCUCGAGCGGUAACUCUGAUACACCCACUGUUUCUUCAAACCAGUUUAGCAACACAUUAAAAAAGACCGAUCUAAAUCGCAAGUUGCCAGCAUACGCUCGUGUUAAACAAUCGCGGGUACCGAAUGCCUACGACAAGACUGCGCUAAAACUGGAGAUUGGUGACAUAAUUAAGGUUACUAAAACCAACAUUAAUGGGCAGUGGGAGGGCGAGCUAAAGGGACGAAAAGGCCAUUUUCCAUUUACGCACGUUGAGUUUGUCGACGAUUGUGAUUUAGGCAAUAACUGUGCAGACACCGACCCCACGCGAUUAAAUAACGCCAGCAAUGAAUGGGGCGAAUAAUAACAAAAUUUCAAUGUGUAUUUUUUUAAAAAUAAUUUUAAGCAUAAGAAUGUAUCAAAACGUGUAAGUGGUGCAUGCUGAUUGUUAAAACAUUAAAACAUAUUAAUUGAACAACAACA